CAUGAACAAACAUUGUGUGCUAUCGCCUUUACAGCAUGGCCACUUUCAAGCUUCUCUCUGAAUAUGAUUGAACGCCACUGGUCAGUAAUUCUGUGAAGAGAAUAACCAAUAUUUCGUGUGUCGUGUGUGUGAAAUAUUAUAUAUUUUACAGAUAUAAUUUCUUAUAAAAGCAUCAGAGUAAGAGAAUUAAUCAUUGAAGAAGAUUCUACAAUACACGUUUAACUAUUUAAUAAUAUUACAUUAUGGGGGAUACUACCUUAACCAGCGAACAGAAGGAAUUCUUAGCAGAAUGCGAAGAAGAAUAUAAAGAUCGCUAUACGGAGAAGGAUAGCAGUUUCAUGGAGAUGAAGGACCAAGUACCCAAGAAACCACCGAUUGUGGAUCCUUGGUAUAAUAAACCGCGUAGAGCUUAUGACUGGACGCGUCAAAAUCAAAAUAGACGUAAUCAUCAUUGGGAUCGUCGAAAUAAUGAGAGGAAUGAAAGAUGGGAUCGUCAUGCUGGCAAACAUCACACACAUCAUCGACAAAGAAUAUAUUAGUGCGUAGUGACUAUGAAUACAAGUGUAUAACCGUUCUGCGACCAAGUGUACGAUAUUCGUUAACAAACACGUAAAAAAUUAAAAAUUUUCUCUUUAAAACGUUUAUAUCAUAUUUUCGAAUAAAUUAAUUUUUCGCUCUGAA